AUGGAGGAUACAAAAGGUCGUAAGGUGGUCAUCCGCGAAGCUAAGAAAGAGGAUAUGGUGGAGGUGGAUAAAAUGAUACAGGAACUUGCCGUCUUUGAAAAUUUAACCGGCGACGCGAGACUGAGUGCGUCAGAUCUGAUUCGUGACGGGUUCGAGUGUCGUCCGGGCGCCUUCGGUUGCAAAGUAGCAGAAGUAGAUGGACAGCUGACUGGAUACGCGCUGUAUCACCGCACGUACUCCACGUGCACGGGACACGGCCUUAUGUUGGAGGAUCUCUACGUGCGGGAACGCAUGCGCCGACAAGGCAUAGGAGAGCGCCUCUUCAACGCCGUCGCUAAGCAGGCACUGGAGCAGGGCUGUGCGAGAUUGGAGCUACACGUGCUGGAUUGGAACCCAGCGCGUUCGUUCUACGAGGCGCGUGGAGCGGUGGACAUGACGGCGGCACGCUGGCGGUACUAUCGCCUCGGCACCGAAGCACUGCGCCAAGCCGCUCAACGAGAGUAA